AUGUAUCGUUUAAUCAUCCCCGGUAAGAGUAUGAUAUUUCUUCGAUUGUACAGGCUCUUCCGCCUCAUCUGCUAUCCUCCUCCGCCUCACCUGAUCACCUCUUCCGCCUCACCUGCUAUCUCUUCUGCCUCACCUGAUCAACUCUUCCGCCUCACUUUCUAUCCUCUUCCGCCUCACCUGAUCACCUCUUCCGCCUCACCUGCUAUCUCUUCUGCCUCACCUGAUCAACUCUUCCGCCUCAUCUGCUAUCCUCCUCCGCCUCACCUGAUCACCUCUUCCGCCUCACCUGCUAUCUCUUCUACCUCACCUGAUCAACUCUUCCGCCUCACUUUCUAUCCUCCUCCGCCUCACCUGAUCACCUCUUCCGCCUCACCUGCUAUCUCUUCUACCUCACCUGAUCAACUCUUCCGCCUCACUUUCUAUCCUCCUCCGCCUCACCUGAUCACCUCUUCCACCUCACCUGCUAUCUCUUCUACCUCACCUGAUCAACUCUUCCGCCUCACUUUCUAUCCUCCUCCGCCUCACCUGAUCACCUCUUCCGCCUCACCUGCUAUCCUCUUCCGCCGCAGCUAUGAUGCGCGUCGCACUGUUUGGGAACUACUACUUGGGAACCACAAAGGCCCAACUCCUGUAUAA